AUGAGGACCUCCGUUGUUUCCUUGGCCGUGUUCAUUGUUGGUGCUCUCGCCAGCCCUAUCAACAUGGACAUGGCCCGUGCCGAGCAGCAAGUUGAGGUGCCCGCUGCUCUCCAGAUCCAGCUCCGGGACACGGAGUGUGCCGCCAAACGCAAUGGAGACGAAAAUAAAUACAACCGCCACGGACACAUGACGUACUACGAAGUCGGACCUGGUGCCUGUGGUCACGACGACAGUGGCAAGGGUUAUACUCACAACAUCGUGGCUAUUUCAUCGGCACUGGUGAGCGGUCAAGGUACCGGCGAUGCUUGUGGCCGCAGGAUUUCCAUCAAGGGCCACGAUGGCAAGAAGGUCACUGCCGUUGUCCGUGACAAGUGCCCUUCGUGCCCCCCCGGUGGGAUCGAUGUCAGCCCAAAGGUUUUCAAGGAGCUUGUGGGUAGUUUGGACGUGGGGAAGACUGAAGUGUCAUGGACUUUCAUUUAG